CAUAUGUUGGCAAUAUCGUGUUUUUCUAAUAAACUCAUUCCCGCAGUUAACUUCUCGGUUGUAGAAAAGAGGGACACUGAAUAAUCGAAUGACCAUGAGGUUAGGUUCUAUGAAUCUGCACCGUCCAGUUCUGUGUCGGAAGAAGGUGCGAGGUGAUUAAUACAUCACCGUGGGAACGUUAAUUUGAAAAAGCGAUAUAAAGGAUGGAGAUCAUCGACUGACGAGUCAUUUGAUGUAGGUGACUUACACCUACAUCGUUCCGUCCUUCGUUAUAUUUAUUGAAUUCAUUAGAAAAUUUUCUGCAACAUCACAAUACAAAAUAAAAUGGAACAUGAAAUUAAGGGAACCAGUGAUAUUCUGCACAAGUCAAAACGAAAAGAUAUUGCUGUAAACGAGGAACUGGAAUACUGGAUGACUCGGCUACCGGAAGCUUUGAAAAACAUUCCCAUAAUACAUCUGGCAAUACCCGGUUCUCAUGAUACGAUGACUUACACUAUAAACCGGCACAGUGAUGUGGGGCCCGAUGAGCCGAGGUAUAUCAGAGCUCUUGGUCGUUAUUGUUCGUUCGUCUCAAAACCCAUUAUAUUUAAUUGGUCUAUUACGCAACAUGACAACAUUAAGGAUCAGCUGGAUGGUGGAAUUCGAUAUCUAGACUUACGUGUCGCGACAAAGCCAACGGAUGGGAAUAUCUAUUUUGUUCAUGGCCUGUACGGAUCGAAAAUAUAUCAGCCACUUCAGGAAAUAGCAGAAUGGUUGUCCUAUCAUAAUAACGAGAUCGUAAUCUUAGAUUUUCAACAUUUCUAUUCGUUCUCAGAAAUAGAUCAUCGCCAUCUCGUUGAAACGAUUUUUCAAGUAUUUCAAACGAAAUUAUGUCCAAUAGCAUCUAUAUUUGAUCACAUUACACUAAACUGGCUUAAUCUGGAAAAGUACCAAGUUAUCGUUAUUUACAGAAAUGCAUAUGCACAAAAUUAUUCGAAUUUCUGGCCAAGUGGUCUAUGGCGUACUCCAUGGCCUAACACUGUUCACGUUAACGAGCUUAUAAACUUUUUGGAUAUCGAACUGAAAGCACGACCAUUAGAAGUCGGUUUUAUAUCACAAUGCCUCUUAACACCUGACAUUUCUUAUGUAUUGAAACAUCUAUGCGGAACAUUACAAACAGAUUUAGUACCAUCAUGCCAGAAAGCAAUUCUUCCAUGGAUAAAUCAAAAGCGACCUGGCCGUGGUGGCUUAAAUAUCGUUAUAGCUGAUUUUAUAUCCGAUAACAAUUUUUUAUUUUGUAAGGCAAUUAUCAAUAGUAAUAGAAAAUUCUUCGAUUCACAAUAUUCUGUGUGAAGUAUUUUGUACUUGAACACACAAAUGUACAUACAAAUUAAAUAUGAAAUUUACAAUUUCAAUGCAAA